AAGUGGAGAAGAUCGGAGUGCAAGACUCGUGACGGUGAGUAGCAUCCGUGUACGUCUGUCCCUUGUUUGUCCCCGAGCGCCGGAGUUAGGAUUGCUCACGGACGUGAGAAUCCCUUUCAUCACACUACGUGCGAAAGCGCGAGUGUGUGAAAGCUGGGUAGCUGAGGCUUUGUGCCGGUGAUGACCAUUCACCCAGCCGGUGAAGGUCGCAGCCACCCCUGGGGUAUCCCCUGUUCCACCGGAAGAAGGGUCGAUACCCCUUUGAUGUAAACCCUUCUCUCCUCAGCUAGGUUGUCGGUCAGCUCCGAGAGGGAAUCGCCGUGUCCGGAUCCGAGUGAAGAUUUCCAGGUCCGUUGAGGGUUCCGGUACCUGAAGGUGAGAGCGAGCGGCGCCUGGUGAGUACCGAGUCUACACCUGCACGGCAGCAGGCACCACCACACGCACCCGCAGGCCGCACCGCACCUCUCACACUUACACACAGACAAAAGAUUCUAACUAUUUAAAUCACUGCAUAUGGGAUGUUUUCAUCUACAAUAUUUUUAUUCUUUUCAAGUCAUUUCUAGAUUUUGUUUUAUGAUUGAAUACCUUAUUGUGCAUUCUUUGUUAAUAUCUUGAAUAAUUGUAAUAAGAAAGAACCAGUCUGUGUGGACAAAAAAUAGUUUUCUUGCAAACUCAGAGCAUGUGUAAGUCACAUUACUAAUUGUGUGCUGUUUUGUUCAUAAGAGGUUAAAUGUAGUCAGAGCAUUGUACUGUCACGGAGUCUAACAGUUUCUUUUUGAUAUUAUGAGCCUGUGAGUAAUCAGUAGUGGAUGGAGCUUGAAGAGGUGGCAAUUAAUGUGACAGAUCUGAUGAUCUUGGAUUAAACCAGAAUUCCAUUUCAAUUCUGUGCUACAGCAUACCAAUGAUUCCCUAUCUAGGGCUUUAAAUUUGUCUGGCUGACAUUACUUAACUGCUUUUUAGCAUCAUCGCUUCUCUAAGGCUAAGCAGCACAUUGCCUUGUUGGACACUCUUACAGCAGUAGGAUUAAUCACAAUAUGCUCUCUGCCUGAAUGCUUGCUCUUGAGAACAGCGGUAAUUCAUACAUUUGUGCAUAGCACAGGGGAUGGGCGUCAAAUUCUGUAAUGUAGUUGUUUCAAAGACAUUCCUCAGCUGGUUCUGUGAAAUCCUAGGACGCAAAGCAUGCCAGGCUUGUCUGAAAGCUAAUUACAUGGUUCAGUCUGGUUGUCCUACGAUAAAAGUGUAUCUUUUCAAAUGACUUGAAACAGGUGUUCUACAUUUCUCAAAGUUAGAGAAACAGUCUGGCAAUAGUACUGGAAGGGUGAUAGGCUGCGGAUGAUGAGAGUUUGAAGCAGACUGUCAACCCAAUAAUUUAACCACUGUGGUGUGAUCAAAAUAUCAAAUAAACAUUUAUCUAGUAGUCUCGUUGUAAUUAAACUUCCAACUCAUUCCUCAAAGUAAAGUAGCAGAAGCCAUCUUUUCCUUUAUACUACAAAAUUGCCAGCUGGUGCUGAAUUGGUCUCAGAUGUCACUGUAAUGGUGGUGACAUAUUAAGGUAACAUGUAAAAGAUCUUGAUGGUGGUAUGAUCACCAGUGGAUGGCAAUUCAUAGUUGGGUUUGGAAAAUUAGUAGCACAUGUUCGCCAUUCAUCUUUGAUGAUCAGGGCCAUAGAGAGGUUCACCGGGCCUAGGUACUGUAUGGGGGGCGUGGUGUAAUUGAGUGCAUAGCAAUGCCUCCAGCCACAGGCGCAUGCUCUGGGGGGGAAAGGGGAAUCAGUAUCCUGGCUCCAGAAAGUAGCACCCUCCUCCUCGUUGUCAGCAUCUUCCCAGUGAUAUGUGCACUAGAGAGCAAAGAUGUCACUGUGAAGAUGGCGCCACAGAAGGGAGAUGCGCAUGCCAGAGCCAGGUAAGAUUACUGUGAGGAGGGGGGCGCAAAAAGCCUGGUAAUUAGUACCUGUUCUACCACCCUCGCGGCGGCACUGUUGAAGAUUGCUCUUCACUGCUCUUGUUCGCCAUUCACCUUUCAGGUUCGUAGUACAUGACAUGUUUACAAUUAGCGAUCCAAUCAUUUUUUAUUUAUUUUUUAAAUCAAGAUUUAAAUAACAUUUUAGGAAAAUAGAAAAACCAAUUUAAACAUGUUUUAAUAAGAAUUUAGUCUACUGUGUGAGUAUGAAGUUUGCUGUUUGCUUUUGAGGUUCACCGUCUGGAACGUCUAAUGUUUUCCACCCGUUUUGUAUAUGUGCCAGCCAGCUCUUCCACAGAUAAAAUAUACAACCGGUGUGAGAAUCCCUGAGCGCUGGUAAAUAAGGAAACAAGUGAAGCCCCAAAGCUUUGUCACCAAAGUCAUUCCUACAAAUUUUGACUGAUUCUGAAUUAAUAAGGAAAUGCUUUUUCACGGGGACACUGACAACAGAUGGAGAAGACAGUGCCCAUUCCUUGGGACAUGGCUCACUACUACUUAAUUGUCUUGAAUUUAGUGCAUCACAGGUUUUGUUUCAGAAAUUGUGACUAUGAAAGAAAUGCUCCCUGAUCAUUCUGUGAUCCACAAGAGAUGUGACAAUGAGCUGGCCGCUGUUAUUAUGAGAUUCUUGAAUAUGGGUGAGUGCAGACAAGAUUCCUGUACUCUAAUUACUUCUCCAGUGAAGUGGCCAAGGGCAUGAUAACAUCGUUUGCUGUGAAUUACAUCAUCAUGUCCCCUCCCAUGGGGUGUAAUGCUGUGAAUUGUGAGGACAGUACUGCAACAACAAGAUUCAUAACACCCACCACCACCCCAAGCUCUUCCACCUGGACCCAGGAUCUCCUGAUUAUAAGCAGCAAAAGUAGCUACUCCUCCCCCUGCUGUCAUGCUAGAGGAGCAUACUUGCUGAUCAUAGGAGGCUGGAUGCUACAUUGGGACUGCUGCCCAGGAGACCUAUCCUCUAAUGGUGGACACAUUUAUUUGGAAUUGCUGAUCUACAACGAACACCAUCUUUGCAUAGAGACUCUGGAGCCUUUAUUUAUAAGUGGCAUUAUAGGAAUGGACACUCCGGCACAUCAAUAAUCAGCUACAAUUAUGACUUGUGCAUUGCUAUAGUUGAGGAAGAUGCAGUAAAUUGAUGCUUUGUUGUUAGGCGCUAAUGACACAGCAGGAAUCAGAGUUCACACAUCCUGUUUCGCUGAGUGCACCAUGUGACCAUCAGGAGCAUCUGCCUGGCCUCACUGUCCACCGGCUCCCACAGUCCUACAGGCAUCUUCCGGACUAUUGUGAUUUCCUGCAUGAAUAGUGAAUACCGACUGACCAGGAAGGAUAUAUUUCUUCAGAGGUUCCCCAUUUGGAGAAACCACCAUAUAGUCCGACAGACCAGCCGGCCAGACAGGCCUCAGACAACUCAGGAUGAUGCUGGGAUUGCAGGUUCUGCUUCUGUAAGCCGACCUCCUGUAAGGCGCCCAUCACAGGGCUCGGGCCACUUACCCAGGAGGCCAAGUAAGACACGGCGUCUUGGCACGGAAUCUGCGGCUCCAUCUUCCCCACCCAGGCGGCGCAUUUCUGCAGUGUCACCCCAGCCACCACUGGCACUAUUGGCGAGUCCACAGAGUGAUGAGCCCCGAUCACCUCAGUUAUCUGAGCCCAGCUUGAUGGCCGACGUGGACCAGCAGGGACAAGACCAACAGGCAACCAUCACACUGCAACUUACACCUGUUGACCCGAGCCAGCCAAUACAGCUGCAGGAUAUCCCCCAAGCCUCCAUGAGUCCACAACUGGCACAAGCUCCACCCCAAACACAAAUACCAGAUGACUUUUGGGCCAGUUGGACAAGCCAACAGGCCCAAAGCAAUGCCAGCCUGACCGCACAUACCCAACACCUUGCCAGUCUGCCCCAUCAUCUACCGCGCAUUAGUCGCAACUCGGGCAGACUGAUUGUACAAGUAGGCCGAAUCGCAACAUCGAUGGAGCAAAUAAGGGCUGACAACAACCAAAUGCUGGCUCAUUUAACGCGCAUCAUUGAUGAGCAACAGCGCCAUCAGCAGGCACUCGUUCAACUCAUUCAGCACAACCAGGUUGUGAAUGAGUCGUUAUCCAGGAUUGUAGCCAGCCACACUGCAACCAACACACAACUGAAUGCUAGCAUUAAUAAUUUGAGCAACAACAUAACAUUGAUGGCAGCUCAACAAGUGACCUCCAGCUCUGGGACCACGACCCCUAUCCAAACGCCAGUAACCUCCCCUGUUCGGCGUUCCUCCAGAGCACGUGCCAGUGAGCCAGCACAAAGCACAGCACCCAGCACACACAAGCGAAAAAAAUAACAAUUUUGACAAAUGUUAUUUAAACAAUAAAAAUUUGGAUUUGACAAACACACAACUUCCUGUGUCCGUCUCAAA